AUGGACUUCGCCCCCUAUCAGUCCUCCCCGCCAGAGCAUGGCCGCAUCGCCUCCCCCGACUACAACUCCUCCCCUCGAGCCUCGACCGACGCCCGCCGCCCCUUCUCCCCCGCCACCGCCGCCCGCAGCCCCCCUCCUCUGCAGCACCCCCAGCCCCAUCGCGGCUGGGGAGGCUUCGACGGCCAGGCGACGGGAUGGAACGCCGGCAGCGACUCGGGCGCCCCUACAGCUGUUGGUAGCGGCGGCGCAAUGCCCGGUGCCUACCCUGCCGCCGAGGUCAGCGAGUUCGACACCAGCCUGGGCCUCAGGCUCGACUACGAGGCCUGCCUGGCGUACCUGGCCUUCCCGCCCGUCGGCGCCAUCAUCCUGCUGAUCUUGGAGCGGAAUAGCGACUAUGUUCGGUUCCACGCCUGGCAGUCGUCUCUGGUAUUCACAGCCAUCAUGCUCUUCCACCUCAUCUUCUCGUGGUCGGGCUUCCUCAGCUGGCUCUUCUUCAUCGGCGACAUUGGCCUGAUCGGCUUCCUAACCAUGAAGGCAUAUCAAGAUGCUGAGAUCCUCGAUAGAUAUGAAGUUCCCUUCUUUGGAAGAAUAGCGAGCAGGUUCCUGGACGACGAAUAA